CGGAAACAUAGUAUUUCCUCCCUCACCCCAAAAGGAUAAGGACACUCUGGAGCGUAUCCAACGGCGAAUCACGAAAUCAGUUCGAGGACUCAAAUUUAAACCUUAUGAAGAGCGCUUCCAAUCACUUAACCUUUACCCAUUAGAGUAUAGACGUCAUAGAGGUGACCUUCUUAUGACUUACAGUAUCCUUAACACUUCUGAACAUCCUCUUAAACACCUACUUAAGCUUAGUUCCAACACUAAUCUAAGGGGUAACACCCAGAAACUGGAGACACAACAUAGCAGAACAGACUGUAGACACAACUUCUAAUCCUUAAGAGUUGUCAAAUGCUGGAAUAAGCUGCCGGCCGAGCUAGUCCAAGCGACUUCCCAGGAGUCCUUCAAGAGGCAACUUGAUCUAUUCUUAAGGAAUGAAGAUAGUAUCAUACUAUGAUUAACCAAUUUCUUUUUUCUCUUUUAUUAAUAACAUACCUGGGUUCCUGCCUGGAGGUUUCGGUGGUCCCCUGUUACUAGACACGGAAGCCUGUUAAGCGAAAGCUACUCCUAUUCCGUCCACAACCAUUUGAACCUACUGAUCGCACCACGCAUUGUUAACUUAUGUUCACUGCAUUCAGAUUCAUGGGGGAAAAAUAAAAACAAGUGAAUCGACCUAUCGCCAAGAAUGAUAUCUUAAUAAGCAUACACAGAUCCAAAGUCAUAUAGAUUCCUACAUUCGUCAAGCAAAUCAUGGAAUUUGAAUUCAUUGCGCUUUAUUCAAGCUUCUCGGAACUCGUGGUUUACUGACGGGAUUUACUUUUAUCACCGUAAACCAUGUCGUUAUCCCGUCUGGUCGUCGAUAGUAAAUCAUACAGUUUGAAGUCUAAACUGUUUCCCAGAAUAUCCUGGAGGACCGCAGUCACAAUCGGUAUCCCGCUUGGUAUAGCCGGUUUAACUGUCCUUGUAUAUUACCUCAGAAACAAAAAAGAGAAGAGUGAAGCAGAACUUACUCCAGAAACACCAUUAGAGGCUGCUUUAGCGUUAAAGCUAAAAGGAAAUAAAUUUUUCAAGGGUGGACAAUACUCUCAGGCAAUAAGUUUAUAUGAUGAAGGACUUAAGAAAUGUCCAUUGGAUGCAGUUCAGGAACGUGCAGCUUUCUAUCAAAAUCGUGCAGCAGCCAAAGAGAAUCAACGUCAAUAUGAAUCUGCCAUUGAAGAUUGUUCUCUUGCAUUAUCAUUAACACCGCAUUAUUUGAAAGCAUUAAAUCGUCGAGCACAUUUAUAUGAAAAAUUAAAAAAAUGGGAUGAGUGCCUUUUAGAUAUGACAGCUUGUUGUAUUUUUGAAAAAUUUAAAAAUGCUGACAACAUUGUUUUCAUGGAUCAAGUACUCAAAACAAUUGGACAACUGAAAGCUCAAGAAGAACGUUCCAAAUUAUUGCAUGAAUUACCAUCAGCUUCUUUUAUUCGUAAUUAUUUGAGCGCAUUCGCAUGUAAUCCAUUCACAGUUAAUUCUUCACAACUAUCCAAGCAUAAUUCACUGACUGAAACUAAGACUGCAGUUAACGGAGUAACUGAUGAUCAUCCUGUAUCAAAUAUGCCCAGCACCACAGAAGUACCCAAUAAUAACAAUCCUAAUCAAUAUGAUUGUACACAAUUUAAAGAACCUCUUCAAUCAGCGUUUAAUAAUGUAAAUUCAGCCUUUGAUUAUAUGACGAAAGGUGAUUAUCAACAGUCAGCUGAUCAUGCGAUGAAAGCCGUUAAUUUGUUCGAAUCAAUCUUAUCGGAUAAGUCGUUCGCAGAUGUAAAGAAUUUGAUCAAUUCAUCAUCUGAGUUAGAUGAUAGUGAAACAAUUUCAAAAUCAAAUGAUAAUCUCAUCUCUCCUGAAUCUAAUGGACAUAAUGGAAAUGAAAAUGAAUUGGACAGCAAAGAAAACAAUAUCGUCACCACAACUUCCAAUAAUACUGAUUCCCUCAAUAAAAUUAAAACAAAUGAAUCUAUUCAAGUGUAUAUUAAAGAAGUAUAUAAUCAAAUUUCACUUUUACACGCUACUUAUCAAGCAUUAGCUGGACGUUCUGAAGAAGCAAAAGAACGUUUUCAAAAUAUUGGUAUGGUGGACUCUGGAGCUUCAUUAGUGGUUCGUGUUAAUGCAUUGAUUAAAUCUGCAUGUUUAUCAAUGUCAGUUGAUCAAGAUGUAGCUGCUUGUCUUUAUGAUUUCCAACGUGCACAAAAUGUUUGGCCUGAAUGUCCGGAUGUGUAUCUUCAUCGAGGUCAAAUUAAUCUACUAGCUGAUCAAUUAGAUGAAGCAUUGCAUGAUUUGAAUACAGCUGUUAAAUUAAAGCCGGAAUUUUCAGUUGCACAGGCUCAGCGUUUGUACACCCUAUAUCGAUGCGCAUUAACUGCUGGUGAUGUUAGUAAAGUGGAUUCUCGUAUUGAAGAGUUUCGUCGAUUAGUAAAGAAAUAUCCCAAUUGUUUGGAAACUCAUUCUUUAUUUGCUCAGAUCCUGUCUGAACGUGGUGAUUUUAAAGAGAGUGAUAAAAUAUUUGCUGAUCUAAUAACACUUGCACCAGACUCUGGAUUAGCUUAUGCUCAUCGUGGCCUAUUACAAUUAAAAUGGAAACAAGAUCGUGAUGCAGCAUUAUGUUUCUUUAUAGAAGGUAUUCAAAAAGAUCCUAAAUGUGAAUUAAUUCAUGAAUUACUUGGUCAAUUAUCUGUAGAAAAAGGUCAAUUCAGUGAAGCAUUAAAACAUUUCGAUAUGGCAAUUAAACAAGCUAAAACACAAAAUGAUUUAUCACAUUUAAUUGCAUUACGUGAAGGUGUUAAUGCACAAUUAAAAGUAUGUGAACAAUAUAAAAUAUCAAUACCGGAUGUUUUGUCAAGUAUACAACAUGAACAACAAAAAUUCUUAAUGGCUAUGCAAGAGAAAUUGUAAAGAUAAUUAAAAUAAACAAACAAUAAAAUUGACUUCCUGUCUUAUGAGAAGUAGCAACAAGAAGUAUGAGAGAGAAAAAAACAGACUACUUACAUCAGCAACUUUGUUAUUAUUUGGUUUGUUUUUCUUUUUCUAUAAGGGCAACGGAACAUUUGUGUUCCCAUGUUGUUGUCUUUUUUUUGUAUAGAAAGAAAAAUUAAUGACAAUCAUUUAUAGAUCAUUCCAUCUUGAUUAAUUAAUCUGUUUGUCCCUUUCUCUCUCUCUCUCUUUAUCACAUCGAUACUCAUCCAUGUUUCAAAUUUCCUUGAUUUUUUCAAUUAGGAACGUGUUCUGAUUUAGUGCACAUUUGUUUGAACAUUUUUAUACAGUUAUAUAUAUA